CGCCCAGCCGCCAUUAAUCCACCAAAUUAAACAACCGUACUCAAUCUCAAAGGUAUGUUGUGCUCGUAUCCGUUACUAAACGGAUAAAAUUCAAGACUCUUAGUUCUUGCGGGGAUUGCUAAUCGAUACUAAUCUCCAGACCUCAAUGUCAGAAUAUUCCGCCAAAACCGUCGCUCAGCUCAAGGAACUCUUGAAAGCCAGAAACCUCUCCACUGCAGGGGUCAAGCAAGAAUUGAUCCAGCGCCUUGAUGCCGCUGACAGUGAAACUGUCCCGGCGGAGGCCCCAGUCGAAGCCCCUGCUGAAGUUCCAGCUGAAGUUCCAGUUGAAACUCCAGCCGAAGUCCCUGCCCCGGCUGCUCCAGUGGCUGAAGCAUUAGCCAAAGAAGUCCCAGCCCCAGUGGAAGCCGAGGAAAAGAAGGAGCCAAAGGUAUUGUCUGCAGAUGAACGCAAACAAUUGGCCAUUGAGUUCUUGACCAAAAAGAUGAAGAGAGCAGAGAAAUUCGGUGAUGAUGCUGGUGCCGAGGCUGCCAAGAAGGAUUUAGCCAGAGUGGAGAAGUUUGGCGUGGAAACCGGGACCGGCUUAGCCAGAGAAAUCGGCUUGACCGACAGAACUUUGGACGAAAAGACUGGUGGUGUCAAGAAAAAUACCAAUCGCAACCGUCAGGGAGCCCAGGGUAAGCGCAGAAACGGCGGCAACUUCAGACGUGACAGAACCGACUAGAGUCACCGUCAAC